AUGUUCAUUCAUUGGGCAUGUUAUUUAGGUUUGAUCGAUGAGGACAAAAAUACAGGCUUAUUGAAUGAGUUUCCACAGUUUGUAAAGAAGUCAUUGGUGUCCAAUGUUGUGUUGUUCUUGUUGGAUGAAGCAUCGGCACCGAUACACAAGUAUAUACCUACUCGAGUACAUAUGACUUGGGUGAUGGACUUGGUGGAACAGGGUUUCUUGCUGCCAAUGACCGAGUCACAAUCGAUUUUGGCAUGUGUCGAGCUGUAUCGACGCUGGCUGUUCGAUGCCAAGUGGCGUCCACCACCCCUGGACAAGGACGACGAGGAUGCCUUCAAGCUGCGGAUCAUGGAGCAGCUCACACUGGUGUUUCAACCACGCAACCUGCCGUCCAAGGAGGCGGUGGACAUGCACAUUGUGCUGUGCCAGAAGGUGCUACACGUGUUCCACGACAUCAACAAGCAUUAUAGUCAUCAGUUCUCUGACGAGCUGUUUGAGCACUGGAUUAAACUGCUGAUCGCCGUGGCCGACUGUCUACUGUGCGCCAACUCAAUCGCCCAUGAGUCAUUUGUUCGCGCGCUCAGCACACAGUUGAUCAAGGUGCUGUUCGAAGUGCUGAUACACUCGCGAACCAAGAACAACACGCUCUGGAUCAAGUUGAAUGAGCUGGCAAAGGGCUGGCUUCAUCACACAGCCUCAAUCAAUCAGUGGAACGACAUAUGUCUGGCUCUCACUCAACCCCUGAUCAACACAUACUUUAGCAACAACGGCGCGACGUCAGGUCGUCUGAUCCCGGUCAGCCUGGAGGACGGCGCUCACACGAUAACCGUGGAGAUCAGUCGCGACUACUUGCUGUUCCUCUGGGGAAUGAUGACCAACAUCAUUGGCAACCCCAACGCCAUCAAGAACCCAGCCGGUUUCUCAUCGGCCAUGAUAGGCAUGCAACAACAGAUUGGCUUGUUCCUCAAGGCCACCAACGAUGGCAACUCCAUCCUCACAUUAUUCGGACAGUACCUGUUCGAGGCCGUCAAGCCUGUACGUGCUGGCUUUGAAGAGGGUGCGUCAUUCGCCGUCGAGACACUGUGCACAAUCUUCCAGACAUGCUCUCCAACCAACACAUUCGAAUCACUAUACGUUGCCAGCUACUACUCGAGCCUUUGCUCGGCGCUGUGGAGCGAGGGCAGGGUCUUGCACUCGGCGAUCAUUCACUCACAGUUCUUGCUCAACUCCAACAUGCCAGGCUGCAGGAUUCUCGUCCCUUCAUUCGUUCGUGCUCUUAGUCGCGUUCUCACCACAUCCAAGACCAACAGCAAUGAGUCGUUGCGCAAUGCAUCUGUUCGCCUACUGGGCCAGAUAUCGAGUCUGUCCACAGCAUUUUCAAGCCUCUCGUUCAAAUGUUCAGGAUUCAUGGAGCAACAGAUGAUGGAUUCAUACCCCGCACUGCCAGUGGAUGUGGCCGAGCGUCUGGACAUUGGUCAGCCAUUGCUCAACACAUACUCUGACCUCAAGUGCCAUGUGGCACACCUCGUGCUACAUGCCCUCAACACUGAGAUGGUGCCUGGCAAUCUGACCACGUUGAUGUGGUACGUGUUGCAGUUCCAACUAGAGCAUCCAAAUGAUGUCGCCGUAGACAACUUUAUCGUCAUUGCCACCAACAUACUCUUGAAGAAGACGGUCGCUAUCAUUCCAGCAGGCCCUAGCGCAGGCUAUCAGUGGACGGGUGAGGUUGCCGUACACGCCCUACAGAUCCUGUCCGAGAUGGCAGACCAUCACACUUCCAUCCCGCGAUUCAGUCAACUGGCUCAUAGUGUCGUCAAGAAGCUCACCAGAUACAUCCACGCACGAUGCCAGGAUUUGUCAAUGUCGUCGGACACUGAGGAGAUGGUGGCCACUGCCCUGUCCACCGUUGCCCAUUGGGCGAUCGUUGACGGCUGGCUACUGGACAACAAUUGUAAAUAUGACACUAGUACCCUAUACGAGUUGAUUGGAGCCAUCUGUUCAGCAUUGGGCGAUCGAUCAUCGAGACUCGAUUCACUUCCCAUCACUUCGUCGACAAGCGCACAAAAGUCCUUAACCGUGCCAUCAUCGUCUUUGUCACGACCGACCACACCCCCGCCACAACCAAACAUACCUCAGAGGAUCAAGGAGAUGGCGCAACACACCUUGGACAUCAUUUUGAACAGGACGUGCCAGUUCCCCAACGCCUACAACUCGGGUGUGCGCGGACUCACUUCAUCGCAGUGGACCGAGACAGAGGUGAUUGCCUCCCUUCGCAGCCAGGCCAAGAAGAGAGGAUACGACAAAUUCCCCGCCGAACAGUGCGUGAGAGUGUUUGCAUUGGGAGAGUCUAUCAUGUUGACCCUGAUCGACCAGCCCUUUGGCGACGAUGGCCCGUUCGUCACGGUAGUCCUUCGUGACUGCACUGGUCGCUACGUGAUGAACACUUCGUCAGCAUUUGUUCCAUUUACGCCCCGUCUCGAUAGUUUGGAGACCAUAUCUACUGAGGGCGAGAUACUCAUCACGGGCGCAACGAUGGUGCCGGCAACGAUGCCGCCACCACUCGACCUGAGCAAGUCCGUACUUGUCAAGACUGCCAGCGAGCUGUACGACCUCACUGGCGAGGAGUAUACGGCACUCAACGACCACCUGUCCAAAUCGAUCAACUUUGAGUUCAAACAACAGGAUGAUGAGCUGCUCAAGAAUGAAGAGAGAAUCCUAAAGCAAUCGAUCUAUGGCUACAACUGCGACACUACAGUCCGUCCACCCGCCCCUCCAAGCACGCUCUACCAAUCACAGAACAAGUUCAUUCUCUCGCGUACCAUGCUGUCGCACCUUGGUCUUUUGUCGUCCGAUGCCAAGAGUCGGCUGAGUAUCAUGGACAGCUCUGCACAGAUGUUCCAGGCACUGGACACACUUGACCAAGCUUCCGAACGAGCUCAGAUUAGGAUUGGCGUUGUAUUGAUGCAGAGAGAUGACACGACAGAAGAGGAGAUACUGAGCAAUGUAGCAUCGCCCAAGACUCAUAUGGACUUUAUGCACAUGGUGACAUCACUUGGUUGGAUGGUCGACCUCGCCACGCAUGAGGGCUACAUGGGCGGACUUGAAGUCCGUGGCCAUCAUGGCAGCGUUGCGCCCUACUACGCUAGCAGUCUGCAGGAAUGCAUCUUCCAUGUGCCUUCAAUCAUGCCCAAUGCUGGAACGAGUGUCGAGCAUAAGAAACGACUGAUGAGUCAGAACAAUGUUGUUAUCAUUUGGUACACGGGAACGAUGGAGCAGUACGAGGCCGGUGUGCUCAGUGGUCACUGCAUGGCAAAUCGUGUUCAGAUCGUCGUAACACAGACACCACAACAUCAGAAUCUAUAUCGUGUGCGACUGUUCAAGGGUGCGCACACCAAGGUCAACCUGGGCUUGAGCCACGACAUUGUCACGAGCAAGCAAUCACUCGCCACAAUACUGCGGUCGCUAUCCUUCCAGGCCUUCCUCCAGAUCAACACACCGUACGAGCAUCCAUUCAUUCAAAGGAAGAAGCUGAUACAGGAGAUUGCUCAAUCAUUCAUGAGGGAGAACAUGGCACAGCACCAGACCUUUGGCUACAUGUUCCAGCCACUCGAUGAGUACCAACUACACAAGACACCAAUGCCAGUGACACCGGGCAUUGAAACCCUUCUCUCCAACAUCGAGCAGCCCAUAACGUAUGAGUUCAAGCAGGCCAAGGUCACAACACACAAGCGACAAGGUUCGACACAGGGUGCGUCCCCACCAGCAGGAUGGGUAGUGUCGUCAAGUAGUCAUCGAGCAUCACAGAAUCCAAAGCCAAUCAUUCAAACAUCGCCGAUGACUUCAUCACCUCCACCAAGGACCAUGCCAACAUCGACUACAACGUCAUCCCCUCCCCCAAGGACCAUGCCAACAUCCAACACCUCAUCACCUUCACAACCAAUUUCACCAACGUCAGGUCCAGUGCACAGGGCUUCCUUUACAGUGCCAUCACAGGGAAUACCUAGGUCUACAAUGCCCACACCUAUAUCUUCGCCAUCAUCACAACCUACUACCCCUACAACUACUACUUUUAAGAGCUCAAAUCCGCCACCGCAGCCAUCCAGUGCUCCAGUGCUCAAAUCGUGGAGUGGCGUUCAGCCGUCCACCACCUCUGUUACAGCUCCAAUACAACCAUCCAGUAGCACAGCCAAGCCACCAUCAUCCAGCAGCAGCAGCAGCAGUAGCAGUAGUAGUGGAGCCAAGCCACCAACCACUGGUAUCCAAACAGCCAGGAAUUUCUUUACCAAGCGGUGA